CGUAAAUUUGUUAUUGAGCUUGUCCCUUACUCAAGGUCAUUUCACCGGUUGAGCACAUGUUUUGAGAAGUCGAGAAAUUUCUCUGCUGUCAGCGUGUUGUGAACAUAAAUCUCAGAAUGGCCAGAGCAUUUAAGAAGUUUUUACCCAUGUUUGAUCGUGUGUUGGUGGAAAGAUUUGCUGCAGAGACCAAGACAAAAUCGGGCAUCAUGAUACCAGACAAAGCUCAGGGUAAAGUUCUAGAGGCCACUGUUGUAGCUGUAGGGGGAGGUGCCAGAAAGGAUGGCAAUGUCAUACCUGUGUCGGUGGGUGUCGGAGAUAAAGUGAUGCUGCCAGAAUAUGGUGGAACCAAAGUUGUCCUUGAAGAUAAGGAAUAUUUUCUAUUUAGAGACUCUGAUAUUCUCGGAAAGUUUGAAUCGUGAAAUUAACACAGAGAUUGUACGAAGGGACUUUAACUAAAAUCCACUGGAGGCAGAUGUGCUGAUAAAAUAUAUAUAUACAAGGGAAAUAACUGGACAACCUUUGGUUACUAGUUAAAAUAAAACAUGGACCAUUUCAUCAACAGCUGUGUUCAGAUUCUAUCUAUUCAGGCUAAAGUUCUGGCUGGAACAGUCUUAAUUUUCUAUACCAACUUCAAAUUACAGCCUAUGUCAGAAAAAUCGAUAUGAAGAUGCAUUUAAAAGAUACGAAGUAGUUUUUACUGAAGUUUAUUUAGAUAUUGUUUUUAUUUUAUAGUAUAUCAUUUUAAUUAAAGUUGUUCUGAUGUUUUAAUGUAGAAAUAGAAUCCCAUAGAAUUUAGAUGGAUUUCAACUUCAAAGUGCAGUGGGUCACUGUAAUUGCAUCCAUAAAGAAACAUAGUUUGAUCAAAAACAACAUUUUAUGGGAAUUAUUUUAGAUUCCUUUGUUGAAAAACUUCCAAUAGCCACACAUGCAAACUUGCCUAUUUUAAUUAUACUUAUGAAGUUGAAAAUCCAACUUCAAUAACCUGUUCAUCUUUAAUAUAUAGGAAAGUUAAAAAAAAAAAAUAGUAUAAAAUGAGUUUUAUACACAUUUUAAAAUGUUAAACACUGCAUUUAUAUGGAUCAUUUUGUAUGUAGUAUUCAUUUUGUUGCGUGAUUUAUUUCGGAUCAUUAGUGAUAAGCAUAACUUGUGUGAACUUGUUUAUAAAUGUCUUUGAUAAAUAAAUUUAAAAUCUA